AUGAAAGUCGUUCGUCCAGAUGCGAUCGACCCACUCGCAGGCAGCCAGUGUCCGUUGAAGCGAAAACAUCACCUGGACACAAGAACUGACGAAGCCCAUACAAAGAGAGUGCGGAUGUCUGGCACUCUGAGCGAGACGUCUAAGGUCAAGGACGAUAUACCCAUGCGUGACCGGACGAACGUCAGGGUCGUUGAAUCAGAUGUGGUCUAUGUCCACAAUCAACGAGACUCGCCGCUCGAAAGCAUCCCCCGUCCACCGAAACGAAAAUGGUGUCCAGACACGGCAACUGAAAAAGUGCGCACAAAGAGAGUGCGAAUGCCUGGCACUCCGAGUCAUGCGUUCGAAGUCAAGGAUGGCAUUCCUUUCGGACCUCACCCGAGAUGCAUGAUUACGGGAUGCGUGUCUGCUGAAGUGGAGGCGUGCUAUAUCCUGCCUCCAGACGUGCCACAGCGAUCGCACGCAGUCCGACGCGACCUUCGAGAACUUUGGGAAACGAACCGCUUGUUGAUGAUACCCCAUCCUGAUCACUUGGAGAAUCUCGAAUCCUGUCCUGUGUGUAUUCUCUGGCUGUCUUCAUCGAUCGCCAUGCUGACGACCGAGCAGGUCUACAGAUACCAUGUCAUCGCAGAGGACGAGCACCCUUCAGACUCGUGCACGUCCACGGGUAGUUCCAUGACACCUUCAGUCAUGAUAGCCCCAUGUUCAUAUCGCUCGCUAGGAUGGCACGAGUCGAGCGCUAAUCUCCAUCUGAUGAUACUUCGAGCAGGCCAGAAACUUAAUAAGCGGCCGUUCCACUACCAGCAUAUCCUGAGGGAUCUACUGCCUCAGAAGGAGGUAAAUCAUGCAUACAGCAUAAUUCAACUGCAUACGUCGUGGACGUGCCCCUUCGCCGAGGGUUCUUUACACGAUAGGCGGCUAUGGGCAACAGGCGAACCCGCUGAUUUCCCUGAUGACUAUUUCGACUUUCCCCCCAAGAAGCGGUAUUGUUCUCCACUAUCGGAUGACGACAGCAUUCGGUUUCCUCGUGGUGCUCCUGUAGCGGAAUCAGGAGGCAUCGCCCGCACGGCUAAGGAAAGGGCUAAAUGGGAAGCCAGUAUUCGUCAGUGGUUUCGUGGUUGCGAGCUACACGAGUGGGCGACGGGGCCGUUUGCGGAACCCAAAGAUACAACGUUGGUUGAGUAUAGACGGGAGGAAGCCGGCAGCGUAUCGGCUGUUAUAGAAGAGCUUUGGAUGAGCGAAUACUACUACUCAAGGUAUGUUCCCUGGUGGAUUUGGAUGUCACAACUGUGA